CCCGAGGCCGAGACCGAAGCCGAUGCCGGCGGAGGUCGGGAGCUGCCCUUCGAGAGCCUCCCGUUCGCCAGCUACGGCUCGGCGCUGCGCCUCGCCCUGCCCCGGGAACCGCGGCCCGGGCAGCUGCUGGCCGUGCGCAUCGACUACGAGGCGGGCGAGGGGCCCGGGAUGUCGUGGCUGGCCUCCUCCCAAACUGCCCAGAAGGAGAAGCCUUUCCUCUAUACCUCUGGCUUCCCUGUGCUCAACAGGUCCUUCUUCCCCGGCUUCCACACCCCGGGCACGAAGAGCACCUACUCGGCACGGGUCCAGGUCCCCGAGGGCUUCACGGCGGUGAUGAGCGCCACGACCUGGGAGAAGCAGAAAGACAACACCUUCGUCUUCAAGAUGGACCAUCCCAUCCCCUCCUACCUGAUCGCCCUGGCUGUUGGGGACAUCGUGUCUGCUGAAGUUGGCCCAAGGAGCCGUGUCUGGGCCGAGCCCUGCCUGAUCGAGGCUGCUAAGAAGGAGUACGACGGGGUGAUCGAGGAGUUCCUGGCCGUGGGCGAGAAGCUCUUUGGACCCUAUGUUUGGGGCAGGUACGACGUCCUGUUCAUGCCGCCCUCGUUCCCCUUCGGCGGGAUGGAGAACCCCUGCAUCACCUUCGUGACGCCCUGCCUGCUGGCCGGGGACCGUUCCCUGGUGGACGUCAUCAUCCACGAGAUCUCCCACAGCUGGUUCGGCAACCUGGUCACCAACGCCACCUGGGGCGAGUUCUGGCUGAACGAGGGCUUCACCAUGUACGCGCAGAGGCGCAUUUCCACCGAGGUCUACGGUUCAGCGUACACCUGCCUGGAGGCCGCCACGGGCAGGGCCCUGCUGCGCCAGCACAUGGACAACACCGGGGAGGACCAUCCACUCAACAAGCUCCGGGUGGUGAUCGAGCCAGGCGUCAACCCGGACGACACGUACAACGAGACUCCCUACGAGAAGGGGUUCUGCUUCGUCAGCUACCUGGCGCAUCUCGUGGGGGACCAGGGCAAGUUUGACGCCUUCCUGCAGGCCUACGUGGAUCGGUUCAAGUUCCAGAGCAUCACAGCAGAUGAUGCCCUCAAUUUCUUCCUGGAAUACUUCCCCGAGCUGAAGAAGCAAGGCGUGGACUCGCUCCCAGGCUUGGAGUUCGAUCGCUGGCUGAACACGCCGGGCUGGCCGCCCUUCCUGCCCAACCUCUCCCCGGGGCAGCAGCUGAUGAAGCCGGCGGACGAGCUGGCGGAGCUGUGGGCAGCCGACAGCUUGAAUGUGGAAGCCAUCGAAGCCGUGGACAUCACGGCCUGGAAGACGUACCAGCUGGUCUACUUCCUGGACCAGCUCCUGCAGAAGUCGCCCCUACCCGAAGGCAACGUGGAGAGGCUGAGCGCCAUGUACCCAAAGAUCUCCAAGGCCCAGAACGCCGAGCUGCGGCUGCGCUGGUGCCAGAUCAUCCUCAAGAACAACCACGAGUCCGAGUACAGCAAGGUCAAGGACUUCCUCCACAGCCAGGGGAAGCAGAAGUACACCCUGCCCCUGUACCGCGCCAUGUGGGGCGGCUCAGAGGCGGCCCGGGCGCUGGCCAUGGAGACCUUCUCGGCCACGGCUGCCCAGCUCCACGUCAACGUCCAGAACUACGUCAAGAAGAUCCUGGGCUUGGAGGGGGCAGAGAAGGUGUGAGCGGAGAACGGGGUGCUUUCCCUGCCCACCUGGGGCGCUUCCUCUGGGGCAAGCCCUCAGCGAGGUCUCACUGCACAGAUUUCCUUAUUAAAUUUUGUAAUUUUUA